AUGAACAAUCCUUAUCGUUCAAUUUUUGGAAAUGAUGGGAAUACUAACAGCAACAUUAACAAAUUGACAACACAACAACAGUUUUCCAACCAAAUAUCUUCCCAAUUUAAACAACAUCAACAACAAUCCCAAUCAUAUUUACAGAAUUCUACUAACAAUUUUUUAAUAUCAACAACCUCAAACAACAACGGCAACACAAUCCCAAACUCUCCCCAUUCAGAUACAGCAGCAUUACCACCACCUCCGUCCUCCUUAGGAAAUUUAACAAAACGUCCUCUUUCUGUUCCUCCCCAAAAUAUGGGUAAUAAUGGAAAUUUAGGAGGAGGAAAAAUUGGAGGGGGAGGAGGGAAACAACAACAACAAUUGUACAAUAUACAGAAUUCAGCAAUGAGUGCGCGUGAAUUUUUCUCUUUACAAAUUCGACGUCCCCAACAAAUCUCCCAACCUCCAAUAGCUGAAGAAGUUGAAAUUGUUGGACAAAACAAAAAUGUUAUAAUUAAUGAGGAUGAUGGAAAAGAAUAUUUUUUAAACGAAGAAAGUGGGGGAGGAGGAGGAGGGAAGAGGCGUCAUUCUUCAUCAUUUUCUAGCAGCCAGCCUAAUAAUCAAUCAAAAAAAUUGAGGAAUCAACCAAUCUCUACAGAAGUAGUAACCUUAGAAGAAGAUGACGAGAUAGAAACAGAAGAUUCUGAAACAAUUACUGAACAAAAUAUUAAUUCAACAACAACAGAUUCAACAGAAAUACCUUCCCAAUUACAGAAGAAAAAUACUGCAACUACAAGUUUGGCUUCUACUGCUUUAAUGAAUGCGGCUAGUGGAGGAGGAUUUACUGAGCAUUCGUCUAUUGGCCAUAGCCCCAUAAAAAGCAUUGAAUAUAAAAGAACUGAUAUUGGUGAGGAUAAUCAAGUAAAAUCUCAACAGCAACAAGAAGAGCUAGAAUUGCGUAGACAACGACGUCGUGCUCCAAUCCUGUUGGACAGUCGAUCGCUUGAAAGGGCAAUGGGUCAGAGAAUUGAAACCCCCUCAGAACAACACCCCACCCCUCCAUUGGAACAAUUCCUUCAAAGUCAAUAUUUGCUGUCUCGCUUACAACCCUUUUUUGAAUUCGCUGCAGCCGAAACACAACAACGACGUGGAGAACUUGGUGGCAAACUAAACUUGCAAGUAAAAGAAUAUCAAUGUUCACCCCAGCAAGGAACACUAACUGUUACAUUCCCGAGCCAUCCACUCUCUCUAAACAACACUAACAACAUCGAUACUCUAAAUGCACCACAACAACAACAAACUUUAAAUCAUAUGAUUAAAAUGCAACUUCUUAUCUGCCCAAAGGAUUUGAGAUUAAUAACAAAAUUGGAUUAUUCUGGCUUCAACUGCCCACUUGAUUCUGAUGUUCGUAUAUUUGAAAGAUUUUUUGCUUCAUUUGUCGCAAAAGUUGAUAAUGAAUUGGCAGUCUUCUCCUUUACAAGUCUGUGUCGUUCUUCUACACCAAAAAUAUUUUCGUCAUUUGCGCGACUUAUGCAAGCACAAAUGGUGAGAAUUUAUUUACACAAAUAUAUUUAA